AUGCUGCCAUUCCUAAGUGCUUUGCUGCUGAUUACGUUUUUUAUAUACACAUACCAUGUUCUUGCAAGUUUUCACCAGCGUCAACCGAUUGCAACAAGGAAUGCGCUUAUUGUAACUGCUCAUCCUGACGAUGAGUGCAUGUUUUUCGGUCCCACGAUAAGGGCGCUGAGCUCUUCGAAACAUCGUCUUCACGUUCUUUGUUUGUCUACUGGUAAUGCAGAUAGGCUGGGCGUCGUGCGAAAGAAGGAGCUUACUCAAAGCUGUCAGGUGCUUGGCAUUCCUGCAUCCAAUACGAGAGCAAUCGAUCAGCCGGAAUUACAAGAUGGCAUGCUCAAUGCUUGGCCGCCGGAGGCUGUUUCAAAGCAGAUCAGGGCCUAUGUUAGCAAGCAUAAUAUUGAUACAAUAAUCACGUUUGACGAAUAUGGCGUUUCGGGCCAUCCCAACCAUAUUGCCGUAUAUCAUGGAGCAAAACAUUACGUCACAGAGAACCAGGAUAUUCUCCUUUACAAGCUCGUAUCUAUUCGGUUGCCACGCAAAUAUAUUGGGGUUCUUGAUUUGCUCUUGGUGCAAGUCGAGAAAAGGCUCUGGCCUACGUUUGAAAGAGCAGCAGUGUUCGUCUCAUCUCCAGGCGACUAUUUUGUCACACACAAGGCUAUGCGACAACAUGUUUCACAACUUGUAUGGUUUCGAUGGCUUUAUGUAACAUUCUCGAGAUACAUGUUUAUAAACCAGCUUAUGGCAGUAAACCCUGCGGGUCGUUGCAGCUCCAAAGAGGACUAA